AGUGGAUUGCAAUAUUCUAAAAAUACAAUAUUGUAUUAUAUAACAUAAUAAAUUAUAUUUAAAUAUUAAAAUGUAUUGGAAUAUAAUAUUUUAAAAUACAAUAUAGUAUUAUAUAAAAUAACAUAUAUAUAUUUUUAAUAAUUACGCGACGCGGUUCUAUCCGUCAGAGUGAUGCCUCUUGUCGACGCUUGAGCUGGAGUUCCUUUACUUCCGGGACACUUCGGCACCUCCGCCGUGUUUUCUUUCGCUGCUUCUCUCCUGAGCUCCGGCUUCAUCUGAGGCUGCCUGUCGCUCUUUGACCUGAACAGCAGACCCGGAUCUCGGUGCUCCGGUCCGGUUCUGAGGCUCGUGGAACGGGUCGGCAGGUCAGCGGGGAACCACACGAUGGCGGCGGGGAUCCGGAGCCCAGUGGCGGAGGAGAAGCCGAGCCGGAGUCAGGCUGAAGCAGUCCACAGGAGGCUGAAGUACACCAGUCUGGCGGUCCUCGUGGUCCAGAACGCUUCGCUCAUCCUCAGCAUCCGAUACGUCCGCACGUUGCCCGGCGACCGCUUCUUCACGACGUCGGCCGUCGUCAUGGCGGAGCUCCUGAAGCUGCUGACCUGCGUCAUCAUCAUCCUGCUGCAGAAGAGACUCAACGUGAAGGAGACGGUGUACUUCCUGGUGGACGCGGUGGUGUUCCAGUACCAGGACACGCUGAAGCUCGCCGUUCCUUCGCUCAUCUACACGCUGCAGAACAACCUGCAGUACGUCGCCAUCUCCAACCUGCCGGCGGCCACCUUCCAGGUGACCUACCAGCUGAAGAUCCUCACCACGGCUCUGUUCAGCGUGACGAUGCUGAGGAAGACUCUGUCCAGAGUCCAGUGGAUGUCUCUGCUGCUGCUCUUCGUCGGAGUCGCCGUUGUUCAGGUGGACCAGGAGGGGAAGAAGGAGGCGGCGGCGGACUCCUCCCAGAACUACACGGUGGGGCUGAUCGCCGUGGUGGUGAGCUGCCUGUCGUCGGGCUUCGCCGGCGUUUACUUCGAGAAGAUCCUGAAGGGCGGCGCGGCGUCCGUGUGGACGAGGAACGUGCAGCUCGGCAUCUUCGGCGCGGCGCUCGGCGCGCUGGGACUCUGGUGGCGGGACGGCGACGCCGUGGCCGAGCGCGGCUUCCUGUUCGGCUACACCGGCGCCGUGUGGUGCGUCAUCUUCAACCAGGCGUUCGGCGGGCUGCUGGUGGCCGUGGUCGUGAAGUACGCCGACAACAUCCUGAAGGGCUUCGCCACCUCCUUCUCCAUCGUGGUAUCCACCGUGGUGUCGGUCUACCUGCUGGGCUUCCACGUGGACCUGCUCUUCACCGUGGGGGCGGGGCUCGUCAUCGGCGCCGUCUACAUGUACAGCCUGCCCAAAGCCGCCGCCUCCUCCUCGGCCCCGAGCUCCUCCUCUUCCUCGGCGUCUUUGGCGUCGCCGAGGGCGGAAGGAGACGCCGAGAUGGAGGCGUUUCUGCCAAAGUCAGUGCUGAGCUCAGGGAGGCGCGGCGUCUCCUUCUCCCGCCGUCCUUGUCACAGACUAACGGCUCAAAGCACAAGAGGAGGAGGAGGAGGAGGAGGAGGAGCAGCUGCAGAGCGUCUCUGCCUUAAAACUCUCACUACAUAAAGAGGAGAAGCCUUACGCUGAUUAUUGAUUAUCUUCAUCAGAUUGGCUUUAUUUUCUUCCUCGAGGAAGAAGUUCUGGUUCUUCUUCUGGUUUCUCUGGUUCUUCUUCUGUUCUUCUGGUUCUUCUUCUGGUUCUUCUUCUGUUCCUCUGGUUCUUCUUCUGGUUCCUCUGGUUCUUCUGGUUCUUCUUCUGGUUCCUCUGGUUCUUCUGGUUCUUCUUCUGGUUUCUCUGGUUCUUCUGGUUCUUCUUCUGGUUCCUCUGGUUCUUCUUCUGGUUCCUCUGGUUCUUCUUCUGUGGUUUCAUGUUUUCCAGCUCUGGUUGAAACUGAUCUCUUUGAAUUGAUUAAGCGGUUCGUUUGGGUCACCUGACCUCCCAUGUGACCUCAUCUAUUGAUCUAUUGAUCGGACGGUCGCUCUCUUUAAUGGAACAAUCAUCAUCAUAUUGAUCAAUGAUGGAAUGUGAGUUCAGUUCUGGUUGAUUAUUGAUCGGGUGCCUUUUCGUUGUGUGCAGUCGGCAGGAAGUCGGUCCGGCUGCUUCCUGUUUACGUUAUUGUGUUGAUGUUGGGGGAGGUGGGCUUUCUGUUGUUUAGCCAUAUCAUUAUUAUUAUUAAUGAUCCAAAGAAACCUUAAAUUGUGGAUUUAAAUUAGUUUUAUUUGAUUUUGUAUUUUUUUUCAACAUAAACAUUUUAGAAUUAAAUAUUUCGAUAUUUAAUUACUUCAUGAAAAUGAUUAUUUAUUGAAAAAUAUAGAAAGUUUGUUCAGCUUCUGCGGAAACUAAAUAUUAAACAAAGUACAAAAUGUUCGUUAUUUAAAUUUUGUUUCAGUUUUUGUCAAAUAAUAAUUUAAAAGGGAAAUUAUGUCUUUUGGGAACAUAUACAUAUAUAUUUGUUUUUUUAAAUAUUAAAUACAUUUUAUAUACAUAUAUUAAUAUAUGAAUAAAUACAUUUAUAUAUAUAUAUCUAUAAAUAAUAAAUGCAUUUAAGAGGGAAUGAAGGAUUGAUCUGUGUUUCCGUGAGACGGUGGAGGAAGAGAACUAUCUUUAGAUUAUCAUCUGAAUAAUUUAUAAAAAUCUAAAUAAGAUCAUCAUUUUAUUAUUUUAAAGAAAUAUUGUAUGAAAACACUUUUUGUUUCUCUUGAAAAUUACAUAUUUAACAUAAAACACAGAUUAUUUAAUCCUAUCAAACUUUUUUUCUUUUCUUAUCAUUUUUGUAAUUUUAUAUUAUUGCUGGAUGUUUUUGAAAUGACAGAUCUAGAACUAAAGUUUGUUUUCUGGAGACUGCAAGAUAAUGUUCUUAUCUUUAUUGAUUUUAGUUUUUCUAAUCAAACCUGCGUCUUUUAUUAUUAUUGUGGGAAAACAAAGAAAGAAACCUCCGUGACUGACAUCCAUCUUUGUUUGUGUUGUUCGCUCUCGGCCAGCAGCUUGUUGUGUAAAUACUUCUUUUGGUAAAGUUUUAUAUAAAGGAGGAAAUGAAUCAAACAAUCUGGAGUUUGUCUUAAUUUGGAGGGAAAUUCAUUCCAGUAAAAUGUUUCAGAUUGUUUUUUUCUUCGGAGUUUUGUAUAUAGACAAAAAGUUCUCGUUUCAAGAAGUUAUAAAGUUAUAAAACUUAAAUCAUGUUUAAAGAAGUCAAAAGAUGAAUGUGGAUUAUUUAAUCUUCCCAGACGACGUCUUUAUUCUUCAGACUGUCGAAUCAAGUGACAAUGUAUAUUUUACAUUUUAAUGUAUAGCAGAUAUUUUCAGAUAGUUGCAUAUAUAUAUAUAUAUAUAUAUAUAUAUUCCAAACUACAGUUAAAAACAUUAUUGUGAUUGUUAUGAAUUAAUUUUUAUCUCUGAGAUAAAAGUCCUCCAUUUUAGUGAGAUUUUUCUUUUUUUAACUGUGUAUUUUAAUCAACUGUUUAAAUGAAUGUUUUAUUAUUUUGGAAGCUUGAUUGUUUGCCAUCUCAAGAUGAGAAAACACACUGAACUGGAAAUAUAUAUUUUUAUUCUUCUGAAAUAAACAUUUCAGAUAAAAGGCUGAA